AUGUUGCCUCAUUUAUUAGGAUGUGCAGCGCUCGCCACCUCAGUCGUUGCGCAGCUGUCAGGAAACGUCGUAACGCUUGACUACGGCAAAUUCACUGGCGAGCAAAAUGACGGCACGAAAGUCAUCAGCUUUCGCGGAAUACGAUACGCCGACGCGCCUGUAGGCAACUUGCGCUGGAGGGCACCUGUAUCUCCUCCUUCGAAGAACCUUGGCAAUGUGGACGCGACUUCUUUCCCUGCCGCAUGUCUUCAGACGACAACGGAAGUCGAUGAAGCCGACAUUGUGUUUAAGUACACGUCUGACGCGAUGGACGGGUACUCUGAAGACUGCCUAUUCUUGAAUGUAUACGUCCCCACCGGUACAAAGGCCAAUUCAUCACUCCCCGUGCUUCUCUUCAUCCACGGCGGAGGCUUUCAAGUCGGCGACCCAGACGGCGACCCGGGAGAUUACCUUCUGCAGAGCUCGACCACGCCCCUCAUCUUCGUCACUAUUCAAUAUCGCCUAGGAUCGUAUGGCUACUUAGGCGGGAAGGCCCUGGGCAGCAACGGCGCCUUCAACGUUGGGCUACUCGAUCAGAAAGCGGCGUUCCGUUGGGUGAAGACCUACAUCAAGAACUUCGGCGGGGACCCAAGUCGCGUGACUAUAUGGGGACAGUCUGCGGGGGCGUCGGCGGUCAUGUUUCAUCUGCUCGCGCAAGGCGGGAACAACGAGGGCCUAUUUUCGGCGGCCAUAGCUGAUAGCCCACCCAUUGGUCUUCAGGCUGACUGUACCGGUUCAUUCUCAGAGACGCUGCUAGCGCAGAUUGCGAACGAAGUCGACUGCAACAAUGCGCAGGAUCUCAUGGGAUGCCUUCGCGCUGUCGCAGCAGAUGACCUCUCCUGGGCGACAUCGACAGUGCUCAAGCAGCACCCGACUAUGCUCUAUCCCUUCCAACCGUGUAUCGACUAUGGGUACCUGACCUCGCGCAUCGUUCCUGCCUUGGAGUCCAACGCCAUCGCCCACGUCCCUCUACUUUUCGGCUCAAAUACAAACGAAGGCGCCGGCUGGUCCGCCGGCGUCCCCGCACCCUGGGCAAACACCUCCAAGCCUAACGCGACAGAGGACACCGCGUACUACUUCCUGCAGGGCCAAUAUCCAGGCCUGACACGAGACUCGUUCAAUCAUGCAGUCCAGCUUUAUCCGCUGAGGUCUUACGGAACCGUCGACCGGCAGGCGCAGCAGAUGUAUGGGGAGAUGCGGUAUAUAUGCUCUGCGGUGCUGGCGGGGGAGAGAAUUCCGGGGACGUAUCAGUAUCACUACGAUAACCCCGACGACGGAGGGUCGAAUCACGGUGCGGAGCUAGCAGCGUUCUUCUACCCGCCAGAUAGCAGCUCGAUAUGGCCUACGAUGCGCCAGUAUUGGACUUCGUUCGCUACCAGUCAUCAGCCGAAGGCAAAUGGGGCGGCCGCAUGGACGAACACGCCCAACACCCGCUUGUUGCUGCACCCAGGCAGGAUAGCCAUGGAGAAUGUCGACAACAACCUCCGCCAGCGCUGCGACUUUUGGCACGACAUCAGCGGAGAGCUUGUCACCUGA